AAAUGGAAAUUCCAGUCCUAGAACACUGAAGAAACUCAGCUCUUUUUCGGAUCGAGGGAGAGAGACCUGAGAGGGAUGGCUGUACGCGAGAACGAGGGGAUCAAGGGCAAUCGAUUCGUUGUGACGGGAGGGUUAGGGUUUGUCGGAUCCGCCUUGUGCCUCGAGCUCCUGAAGAGGGGGGCGGCGGAGGUGCGGUCUGUUGACACGCGCGCCUACUCACCGUGGUACCAACAUCUCCAGAAAAAUGGCGUCCGCUGCAUCCGAGGUGAUGUGACUCAGAAAAAGGAUAUGGAGAAAGCUCUACAAGGAGUAAAUUGUGUUUUCCACCUCGCCUCUUAUGGUAUGUCAAGCAAGGAGAUGCUUCAAACUGGUCUUAUUGAGGAAGUCAAUUUAAAUGGAACCUGCAAUGUAUUGGAUGUGUGCCAUGAAAUUGGGAUACGGAGAUUUGUCUAUGUGAGCACAUAUAAUGUUGUAUUUGGAGGAAAGGAGAUUAUUAAUGGAAAUGAAUCACUACCAUACUAUCCCAUUGACGAACACAUAGAUCCAUACGGACGUAGCAUGUCCACUGCAGAACAGCUUGUCUUGAAGAGUAAUGGUCGUCCAUCGGAGAAACAAAGUGAUGUUCAUCUUCAUACUUGUGCAAUUCGUCCUGCUGCUAUUUAUGGACCUGGGGAGGAGAGGUACUUUGCAAGGAUACUCUCCCUUGGACAGAUAGGUCUCUUAUUCGUUAGAGUUGGUGAUGCAAGUGUGAAAACAGAUUGGGUUUAUGUGGACAACCUUGUGCAAGCUCUUAUAUUGGCAAGUGUGGGCCUUCUAGAUGACAUCUCUGGUAGGGAAGGAAAUCCCAUUGCUGCUGGACAGGCUUAUUUCAUAUCUGAUGGAUCACCUGUCAACACUUUUGAUUCCAUCAUCAGUCCUCUAUUUAAGAGCCUGGACUAUAAUGUACCAAAAUUGACCAUCCAUGUCAGGCUUGCACUCAUUCUGUCUCAAAUAUUCUGGUUCAUAUCCAUGUUGUUUUAUCCUUUUCUGAAUCAGCCAUGGGUUCCUGGGCCUCUUCUUCUUCCUGCUGAAGUUUACAAGAUUGGAGUGACUCAUUACUUCUCUCAUCUGAAAGCAACGGAAGAGCUUGGCUAUGUUCCCAUGGUAAGUCCUCAUGAGGGCUUGAACAGAACAAUCUCCUACUGGAAAGACAGGAAACAGAAAGAAAUAAACCGACCAAACAUUUUGUUCUGGAUCUUUUGCAUUGGUGGAAUGCUAGCAUUGUUCUACACGGCCUUUCUAACCCCCUGUGGACCUCUGAGAUGGCUGAAUUCUCUCUCUCUUUUUCUCUUCCGUUCAGUUUUCAACCUCAGAUUGGUUUUUUAUAUAGCCGCAGCUCUGCAUAUUUCUGAGGCCAUCUAUAUUUGGUUACUAGCAAGGAGAAAGGAUCCUGCUAAUGCUCCAGGUUGGUUCUUACAGACUUUUCUCCUCGGCUAUCCUUCUACAAAGUUAUUCCUCAAAAAAUUUCAUUAGGAAUAAUAUGAUAAUUUCUGAUUCUGAUAAACAACCAGAAAGCUUUUUUGUUUUUGCUUUAGAAAGUGUUUUCUUGUAGUUUCUAUGGUGAGUUGACAUCUUUCUGCUUCUGAUGGAAUUAAGGUUUCAUUUGGAACAGUUUUCUUACUGCUUCUUAAAGUAGCUUUUUUAUAAAAGUUAUAUUUUUUUUUACUAAAAAGCUGCUUUAAGAAGCAGUAAGAAAGCUGUCACAAACGAAAUCUAAGACUAUUCUGCAACUGCGAGUCAUUUGCUCCUCGCACUUCUUCCAUAUGUUUAUUUUUGAAGCUUCUUUGAAUGGUUAUAUUGUGUAGGUUUGUAUGUUUA